AUGGCGCCCACUGCCUCGCCAGAAUCGAGCACCUCUCGGUCAGGCAUUCGCAAACUCAGCAACGGAGAGUCAAUAAUCCCAGCCUCUACUCGCGCAGAUGGCUCCGUUCGAAAGGAGAUUCGGGUGAAGCCGGGCUACAAGCCGCCAGAGGACGUCGAGGUAUACAAGAACAGGACUGCGGCGGCCUGGAAGAAUAGAGGCAAAGAAGGUGUACCUGGCGCUGCUGCUGCCGAGGACGAUGGGAAGCUGCCACCUCAUAAGACUGCAACAGCCGCAGCAAAGAAUGCGAAGCGCAGAGAGGCGAGAAAGAAGGCCGCCGCUGCUGGUACUGAUGGCAACGAUCCAGUAGAUGCAGCCAAGUCCAACACAGACGCUACAAAGGCUGUGGACGGAGCUGCUGAUGCAAAGCCAGAGGAGAUCGAUUCAGAAGCGGAGAAGGCGAAGGAAGCGCGCAAGUUGGCAAAGAAGCUGCGACAGGCCCGCGAACUCAAGGAUAAGAAAGAGAAAGGGGACAAUCUUCUACCAGAGCAAUUUGCCAAAGUCAUCAAAAUCCAGGAGCUAAUGCGCCAGCUGGACAGUCUUGGGUUUGAUACGGACGGCGAGAAGAAGAGUGUGGCUGCUGCGAAAGGUGAAGAGACGGAUGACAAAAGUUUAACAAACGAAGAGGGAGGAACCGCAAAUGAGUCUGCUGGGUGA